UCAAAAUAAAUAGUAAUUGAUUUUGUAAAAAUAUUCUUGUAUCAUAAGAUAUUUUCAAUUAAGCCGGUCCUAGAUAAAGGAAUUACUUUGAUCAACAUGACACAUAAAUGCCGCAUUAAUUAAUAGAGAGCAUUUAUUGUAACAAUUACAAACUAACAUGAGUAACAGAGAAGUACAAGCGUAGCCGUAUACGAUAUACCUCCCCUUUUUAUAGCAAUGUCGACAAAAUUAUGGUCGAUACGUAUCUUUUACGUAAAAUAUAAAUAAUAUUUAUUAUUUGCUUUACUAAUAAAGUAAUUGUAUUUUAAUAUGGAUUUAUUAAAGACGCCUUCGAUACCAUCAUUGUUAGAUUCAGAUUUGGAGUCGGUUGAUAGUUACCCUUACGAUGAAUAUGAAGAGUUAGAUGAAGUUGAAUAUGCUUUACCAGUAAGUGAAGCCCCUACUUUAGAAGAAGUUUUAUCAUCUGAUGUGAGUGAACAAGUUAAUAUUGCUGAAGAAGUAACAGAAAAAGACCCAAAGGAACCAGCAACCUGCUCAGCUUUACAAGUUGAUUUCUUACAAGCUGUUUCUCAACAAUUAUCUCAAGCAGAGGAGCGUUCAUCAGCAGGCCCAGCCACAGCCUUAAGUGUUGGAACUAACGGGAGAUUAACAGUUGGAACCGCUCAUGGCCAUUUACUCUCCUUUCAUGAUCAGACAUUACGCUGGGUUUGUGAUAAUAAUGGAGAUUGUGGUGCUGUUACUUGUUUAUCAUAUAGCAAUGAUAACACUAGACUCUUAGCAGGUUUCGCCCGAGGGCAUGUAUAUCAGUACGAAAGCGUGCGUGGUGUCGUAUUACGUAAAGUUACUCUUGGUGGAGAAACAUGGGGUACAUUAAGAGUGACUUGGGCAGGAAAUGCUGGAUUAGCUCUCGAUACUGGGGGAUCAGUGUGGCUCAUGAAAUUUUCACGGCCCUUAGGAGUUAGAUCUGCUAAAGUAUCAUGUCUCUUUUCUGGAGCUAGAGGGGAAGUUGUGACAAUGACAGCUAGAGAUGCUCGUAUUUUAGCACUAGCAACACUUUCUCGUGUCAUAAUUGUGGCAGGUGGUCGAGCCGCUGGCGUACGAUUAGAUGGACCAGCAGAUAUAUUACCUGUCCUAGAAUGGUUUGACACUAAUAACAGAUUACUAGUAUGUGCUAGAGGGCUGGUUCUCCAAUGGCUUGCAGUUACCAUAUCUGCGAGCAACUUAGGACUUAAACCUAUUAAACAAAUUGAAUUAAAAACAACUCCACUGUGGCUCGGAUGGCUUGGAGGUAGCUUGACAAUAUUCGAUUCUGAAGAAAAUCUCCGCUUGUGGGGUGAUGAUUAUGAUAAACCAUUAGAUUUGUCUCACAUAGAACCUGUUUAUGCCUCUGCGUUUUUUAAGGGUCAUUGGACGGAUGGUCGAGUAUCGCGCGCUAUGUGUAAAGCAGGAGAGAGUGCCCUUGCUGGAGCUUGUAUAUCUGAGGGCACAUUGUCUAUUCUUGGUCGCCGCGGGAUUGUGCGUAUUGGGCCCCGAGAUAUACUCACUAGAGCUCAGGCGUUUAUGUCUUCUGGUCAUCAUUUACAAGCUUUGCGAUUACUUUGUUCUACCCAAGGCUCCAAAGCAAAGGCGCUUGCUAGUGAUUUUGUUAUUAACCUGUCAGAAAGACCCCACAUUGUCAGUAAUAAGAAUGUUGCUGUACAAGUUGUGAAACUCUGUCUUAAGUUUAACUUGCACGAAGAGCUUUGGACUUGUUUAUGGGAGAAUUGCUCAAAUGAAAAAGCUUUCGUAGAAGCGCUAGGUGACGCCGCGGUUCGGGGUGAAAUGUCGGAACACCCGCCCACACCUGAUUUUACACAGGCCUUAAUUGAGAAACUAGCAGACCUUGAACCAGAGCUAGUGGAGCGAGUGGUCGCAUCUUUACCACUCACUGCUAUUGAUCCACACCGGGCUAGUGUUUUCACGAGAGAAAGGAAGCUUUGGCGCGGGGUCGGAGCUAUUGCAGCUGCAUUGGACGGAUGCAGCGGUGCGAUGCGCUCGCUAGUGCAGUACGUGGAGGCGGGGUGCGGGCAGCGCGGGCGGUGCGCGUGCGCGGGCGCCGCGCUGGUGCUGGCCGCCGCCGACGCGCUGGCCGCGCGCUCGCCCGCCGCGCGCCCGCUGCCCGCGCACGCCAGGCCCUCCGCCAGGCACGACGCGCUCACCACCUUGCUGCAUGAGGAGGAAGGCCGUCCGUCGCCACUCCGCGUGAUGGUGAACCAUGACACGGGCUCAGCCGUGCGGCUUCUGGAGCAGAGCUCGCGCGAGCCGCCCUUCGCCGGCCCGCUCGGCAAACAGAACAGACUGAGGGUGGCUCGCGCUCUCCUAUCUUUCAUCGAUGAUAUGCCGGAAUACGAAAGAAGAUUGGAAAUUUUAGAAUUCGUGACUGGGCAACUGCAUAAUGGAUCGCUCCCAUUGGACCAAGAGUUGAUUCAGAAAGUGCAAGACCUUGUUACAAGAACAGAAGGUGAAAAGACCGAUCGUGCUUGGCUCUCGGUUCUGAUGCGUGUACGCGCGCAGAGGGAUCAGCUUUUACCUGGUUAUCGAAACGCUAUUCCGCGAUCAAGAAUACUCUGGCGAAUAGAUGCCCUGUUGGGCAAUCACGAGCAAGCUUUGAAAGAAUUUUUCCAACUUAAAAAUCCAUCUGAAGUGGACAUUGAUGAACUAUUCGAGUAUGUUCAAUCGAAUUCGGAAGUAGUUCCGGAUUUCAGAAAUAUAAUGCGCGAGCAUCUACCUGCACUUAUUAAACUGCGGCCAAUAGCUGCAGCAGAGUUACUGAACGACGACCAGCCAAUAGACGUUGUCGCCACUACAAUGCAAACUCUACCAAGUGAACGAGCCUUGGAGUUUGGUAAGUGCCUUCUCGAAAUGGGACGUCUUAAAGGUCAUGCAACAACUAUAUACUUACGAUGUCUUUGUACUUCGCAACCUGACUAUGUAAAAGAUUUCCUAACAAACCACGCCGGACUUGUGAAGCCGGAAGACGCUUUAUCUAUUGUAAAAGAAUUAGGGCCAAAGGAUGCCGAACCGAUAUGUUUAGAGGCGACCGGCGAUCACAUGGCGGCCCUCGAAGCAUUUUUGGAAUUGAUUGCGGCCGCCGAUUCGGAGAAGGAGAAUAAUUUAGUAUUGCAAGCGUGCGAGUUAUGCGUGAGAAUCGGGCCCACGGUGCCAGCGCAGACCGCAGCAGAUAUGUGGACGCGUCUCCUCAGAAACAUCAGCUCGGUUCCGCCGGCUUCGCUCUUCGAAGCGAUAGCGUACUUGCCGCUGGAGGAAUUGCUAGUCAAAACGUGUAAUUCGGCGCAGGUGGGCCGGAUCCUGGCGGACGGGGCUAGCGGGGCGGCCAUGUGGCGCUGCGCGAACAGAAUAGCGGGGCGGGAGGCGCACGAGGCCCUAGCGCGCGCGCUGAGCGCGGCCAGGCGCGGCGUGGCCGUGCGCGGCCGCUGCGUCCGCUGCGACGCGCCGCUGCACGAGCGGGUGGGCGCGCGCACCGCCCACUGCGCCCGCGCUUACCACGCCGACUGCGAACCGUUCCCCCUGUGCGACUGCGGGCGACGACUCCCGAGCGCUGUCGUCAACCUUCCGCCCCUUCACACCAGACAGAUUACCAUUCCUCAAGAGUAUAAACUUUUACUUGUUGCGCCUCCCCGGCCAGAUUUAGAAGGCGUCGUGUGAAGCGAACUAUACUAUUUUUGAUUGUUUAAUAUUUAUGUACAUACAUUAUCUUCAUAAAUGUAUAAGCUAAAUAAAUUAUUUAUAGAUAUAUAU